AUGUUUGCAAGACUUGCCUGUACGAGGGCGAAUAAGGUUACAGUAUGGUUUCAACGCGACCAAAGUACUCCAACAAAAAUCAAGAUAGAUUUUGAUUCAAAUAUUGAUGAUUUAAAAGAAGCCAUUUUUUGUGCAACUGAUAAAGGACAAUAUCAGGCGACGUACAACAACGAACCAUUGAGACCAUUGGCGAGUGUACCACGAAAUACAACUGACCAUAUGCCAAUUGUAUUUACUAGGAUUAGUAAUAUACCACCUCCAUCAGAGCAAACUCAAACAAAAAAGAAUAAAUAUCAACAAUCUGGAAUUACUGUUGCUGGGGGAAAUGGAAAAGGACAGGAAUUAAAUCAACUCUAUGGUCCUCGUGGGAUCUGUAUUGAUAAUGAUAAAUCAAUUUAUAUUGCUGAUUUUUCGAAUCAUCGUAUUGUUAAAUGGAAGUUGAAUUCAAAUACUGGUAAAAUCAUGGCAUGUGGAAAUGGAAAAGAAAAUCAAUUGUACAAUCCAAGAGAUAUAAUUUUUGAUAAACAAAACAAGUCUUUUAUUAUUUCUGAUGUGGGAAGAAGACGAGUAGUUCGAUAUUUUGAUAAAAAUCAAAAAACUCUUAUUUCAAAGAUUAUUCGAAAAUUUGGUCGACAUCAAAAAAAGCAACAAAUUAUUAUUUCAAAUAUUUUUUGUGAGGGUUUGACAAUUGAUAACAAUGGAUACAUUUAUGUUUCUGAUUAUGAAAAACAUGAAGUAAGACGAUGGGAAGAAGGAGAUGAAGAAGGUGAAUUGGUUGCAGGUGGAAAUGGUCAAUGA